AGACUUUUAAAUUAACACAUUUCAGAAGUAAUUAUGCUGAAAAUGCAUGGGGGUGAUGACACUUCCAGUGAUACUGAGGACUAUGGGGAAGAUAUUAGGAUGCGGUCACGGUAUCGACGGCGCCCGUUUCCUACUUCACCCAAACCAUUCGGCGGCGCCAGACCAAAGGAACAUUUUGAAGAUCACAUUCAGUCGAGAACCAUCAGAACGCAUUCUCUGGAUACUAGACACCCAACAGCUACAGACAAUAAGAUAACUCUGGUAGUGGAAGAUACAAGAUUUGUUGUUAAUCCUUCAUUGUUUAUCGCUCAGCCGGAUACCAUGCUAGGCCGAAUGUUCUCUGGUUUGGACUAUAUUCAGCCAAACAAUAGAGGCGAAUAUGAAAUAGCGGAAGGUACGACUGCAUCAACGUUUAGUGCUAUACUGGAUUAUUAUCAGACGGGUCUGAUAAAUUGUCCUCCUCACUGUAGUAUAGCUGAACUGCGAGAAGCCUGCGACUAUUUUCUUCUCCCUUUCAGUGCAACUACAGUAAAAUGUCAGAAUCUACGAGGUCUACUCCAUGAACUGAGUAAUGAGGGUGCUAGGGAACAGUUUGAUCAGUUCCUUGAGGAUCUUAUUCUACCAGAGAUGGUUGAGUGUGCAACCAGAGGGGAUAGAGAGUGUCACAUCGUCAUUCUCUUAGAGGAGGAUGCUAUAGAUUGGGAUGAAGAUUUUCCACCUCAGAUGGGGGAGGAGUAUAGUCAAACCAUCAAAAGUACAUCCAUGUACAGGUUUUUCAAAUAUGUUGAGAACAGAGAACAGGCCAAAUCUGUGCUAAGAGAACGUGGAUUGAAAAAGGUUAAACUUGGAAUAGAAGGUUACCCAACACACAAGGAGAAGGUUAAGAAACGGCCAGGAGGACGGGCUGAGGUAUUCAUUUAUAUUUAUCUAAUUAUAUGUAAUUAA